ACAUCCUCACAAAAACAAACAUAAGACAUGGCAUUGUCUCUUUCUACCACCACCACUGUCGCUAUCGUAUCAGUGAUCCUUCUCCUCAUCCUUCCUACCUCUUACUGUUCUGAAUUCAUCCCUGACUCUGACCGAGAUGUUAUUGAGUUCGCACUAAAUUUAGAGUACUUGGAAACAGAGUUCUUCUUAAGUGGUGCCUUGGGACGUGGCUUGGAUAGCAUCGCUCCGAGUCUAGCCGCUGGCGGUCCACGGCCCAUUGGCGGCAGACAGGCCAAACUAGACCCUUUCUUGAAGGAUGUCAUGUUACAAUUGGGGUUGCAGGAAGUUGGGCACUUGAGGGCAAUUAAGAGCGUUGUGAAGGGAUUUCCGAGACCACUACUGAAUAUAAGUGCAGGAGUAUUUGCAGAAGCGCUGAACACUGUAUUUGGAAGACGCUUGGUGCCACCUUUCAAUCCUUAUGAUAAUGGGCUCAACUUCCUAAUUGCCUCCUAUGCUAUUCCUUAUGUUGGACUCACUGGAUAUGUUGGAGCUAAUCCAAACCUACAAAGUGCCACUGCCAAAAGGCUAGUGGCAGGGCUUUUGGGGGUGGAGGCAGGCCAAGAUGCAGUUAUCCGAACACUACUCUACAGCCGGGUGCAGGAGAAGGUGUACCCGUAUGGGAUCACUGUCGCUGAAUUCACCGAUCGCAUCUCAAAGCUGAGGGAUAGGCUAGCACGCGACGGCCUGAAAGACGAAGGGCUCAUAGUUCCGCAAGCUGACGGAGCUGAAGGAAAGAUUUCCGGCAACGUCCUCUCCGCUGACCAAAACUCUCUUUCCUACGCCAGAACUCCCGAGGAGAUACUUCGGAUCGUGUAUGGUACCGGAGAUGAGCGUGUCCCAGGUGGCUUCUACCCUAGAGGAGCUGAUGGUCGAAUUGCCAAAUCAUAUCUGCGAAUCCAUGGUGCUUAAUUUAAUUUCACUGAUGAAUAUUGCCAAGUAUUGGUGUUCAUGAAUAAGCUAGCUAGCUUACUUUGGUGUGUUUUUACUACUUUUCACCUUGGCUAAUAAUGGCUAGUCUACACAAAUUUAAAUACAUAUAUGCAUGCAUGGUUGUUUCAUCUUUACGUGCAAAAAAAAUUAAAUAAAGAAACAUCUUACAAGAUUUUAAGUC